UUCUGACUCAGUAAAUCAGUCAAAGGGUUCCACCAGUUUUCAGAAAAUUUGGAGAAGAAUUAAGAUCUUGCAAAAUGAGGAAGCGGCAAGUAGUCCUGAGAAGACAAGAACCUUCUGGAAAUUCCACCACUUCAUCUGCCACCGCCCGGACCGUGAGAUAUGGGGAGUGCCAAAAGAAUCAUGCAGCUGGCAUCGGGGGUUAUGCUGUUGAUGGCUGCAGGGAGUUCAUGGCUAGUGGGGAGGAAGGGACGGGCGCUGCGUUUACUUGUGCUGCCUGCGGCUGCCACAGGAACUUCCACAGAAGGGAAGUGGAGUCGACGUCGACCGAGGUAGGGUUCGAGCGUGCUUCACCAUCUUCAAACGGGAGAUAGAGGUAAUAUAUAUUUUGAAUGGGUUUUCAUCUUGUGAAUUGAAGUGUACCUUUAAUUUCUGGGUUUUAAUCGUUGAU